AUGGCGGCGCACAAGUCGUUAUCGACGGGUGGGGAGGCGGCCUCAGAGUUCUCGGACGUCCCCGGCGGGGCGAAGAGCGUGACGACGAGGGUGAUGGAGACGGGCGCGAGCGCCGUGCAGCAGUUCGGCCCCAUCCGCCAGAUCGGCCAACACCUCUGCGCGUUCCACUAUUAUGCCAACGACAUGUCGCGACAAGUCGAGGCGCACCACUACUGCUCGCACGUCAGCGAGGACGUGCACCAGUGCCUCGUCUACGACUCCGACCAGCCCUCCGCGCGCCUCAUCGGUGUCGAGUUCAUCGUCUCAGAAAAGAUCUUCCUGUCUUUGCCUGAGGACGAGCAGCGCAUGUGGCACUCGCACGAGUAUGAGGUCAAAAGCGGGCUGCUCAUCAUGCCGGGCAUGCCGGCAGUAGCAGAGCUGCCUGUGAUGAGCAAGCUCGUGAAGACGUUUGGCAAGACGUGGCACUUCUGGCAGUUUGAUAGGGGAGACACACUGCCGCUGGGUGUGCCGCAGCUCAUGGGGGCGUUCUUUGCUGACGGGCAGCUGAAACCCGAACUGCCUAAAGAUUUCUACCAUUCCCUCACUCCACUCGUGCGCACUCCCUGUCUUCUGUUUUCUCUGCCCUCUGCCAUCUCUCUCGCUCUCAUUUUCCCCUCCUCCCUGGCUGCAGCGGUGGAGCAGCGGUAUGGGGUGCAGCUGGAGGAGAGGCGGCAGCUGCGAGCUGACCUUACAGGCCCUGAGCUCGCUGUGGAUCGCUUAGCGCAGCAGUUUAAAAGGGGGAUGGGGUAUGAGACACAGCUCAAGGAGUGCCAGCUGGACGGGCAGGAGCGGAUGGCAAAGGGAGGCGUGGGUGCCGCAAGUGUGACUGGUGUGGGCAGUGGUGGCAUGGAGCAUGUGGGGCAGGCAGGGACAGGCACUACAGGCAGCGACUGCAAGGCCAGGAUUGGUGGCUGA